AUUUUUUUAAAAAUUUUGGAUGUAAAGUCCACUACGAGAGUUAAGGAGAGGAAAGAAAGAGAGAGGCAGUUUUAACUCCCUCCUUUUUAUAUGUAAGCCAUUCGACAUACAACUUCUGGCUGAGUUUCUAUCACCGAAGCUCGUUUUGCGAGUUCAGUUUGUUGGGCAGCAAUCACCGGACCAGGAAACCAUCAAAAGUCUCCAUGGUUUAUUUACUUUAUUCAGUCUGUAAAAAGUUACAUCUUCAUAUGUUAUUUUGAAGAAGAAAUUUUCAAAUUUCACCAGUGAAAAAAAAUUUAACUAUACAUAUAUAUAUGAGCUGUACCACGAGGGUAACACGAGGGACCAUGUUCUUACGAAACUAUUCAAUACUUUUAAUAGUAACUUUUUUAGUAACCAAUGAUGCCAUAUCGCCACCACAAAAUCAACACUUUGAUAUAAAUGACUAUUUAUAUGGAGUGGACGAUGAUCUUCAAGCGAGAGCUCGUGCAUCGAUAGAAACCGAGCAACACGCGUACAGAAUAAAUUCCCGGAAUCAAGGCAGUUAUGGAAACUUAACUGCCUGUGAAGAUGUAUGGGAAAGUCCUUGUCCACCAAGCAAGUACCGGACACCCUCUGGUACUUGUAACAACGUACGGCAUCCAUCCUGGGGCGCCCGAGGCUCACCAUUUCUCAAGUUUCUCCCACCUGCGUACAGUGAUGGUCUAUCGAAGCCAAGAUCAUCAGUGAGUCGUCAUGCGCUACCAUCGCCAAUAGACAUCAUCACUCGACUCCAUAAAGUGACAACACGUGAAGAGCGAAAGGCAUUGACAAGUCUCACAGGCCUGUGGGCCGAACUAGUUCUUCGUGACAUCGCAAUGCCAAUUACACCUGGUCUCGAUUCAUUACGAUGUUGCCGCGAUAAUCGUAACCCCGAGUGCUACACGAGUCACGAUUUAAAUGGCAAAUGUACGCCAUACAUGAGAGCAGUACCAGCACGUAGUGCUUACGGUUGUAAAUUUGAAAACCGACAGCAGAUGAACGGUGCAUCGAGUUAUCUCGAUGGUUCAGAUAUUUAUGGGAGUACCGAUGGACAAAUGAAUAGAUUGAGAACAUACAGAGCCGGUCGUGUUAAUAUUGAAUCCUGUGAUACCUGCAAUCAAAUGGACAACCCGCUUAAAUUUUUGUACACAGUUAUAAUAAAUGAACAUAACAGAAUUGCUGGUAUUCUUCAUCAGUUAAACCGUAAUUGGGACGAUUCAAAACUAUUUUUAGAAGCGCGACGAGCUGUCGUUGCGCAAAUCCAACGUAUUACUAUGCAAGAAUUUGCCGCCAGUGUUUUAGGGGAAUCGGCUGUUGGCAAGCAGCUAAAAGAAUCGACAAAUGGAUUUUAUCGUGAUUAUUCAUCAGCAAAUAGGCCGGGUACUUUUGACGCUAUUGCACUAGCGGUUCUUCCAGCUCUUACUUCACUAUCGAGGUACCCGCAUAAUAUGAACGCAACUUUGGAAAAUAAACUUGAUUAUGUUGCCAGAGGACUGAAUCUUGACAUCAUCGAAUCACUUAGAUCCCGAUAUGCAUACAAUGGGAUGCCGCACAUUUGGAACACCAGCACACUAUUGAUCCACAUGGGACGUGAUCACGGUAUCCCUGGUUAUUUUGCUUUCCUAGAUCACUGCAUAUCAGCAGCAGGAUCUCCAACGCGAUUUAUGAAGCCUGAAGAUGUCGCAAUUAUUCAAAGUAUUUAUAAUAAUGUCGAAGAUAUUGAUUUGCUUGUUGGUGGAGUACUUGAGACUCCGAGCAAAGGUGCAGCUGUUGGUCCAACAUUUUCUUGUUUGCUUAUAAAUCAACUUGUUAAGCUAAAAAAUUCCGAUCGCUUCUGGUAUGAAAAUGAUUUACCGCCAUCGAGUUUUACGAGCAAUCAACUUGCGGCAAUAAAACGCGUUAGUUUAAGUAGUCUGCUGUGUGCAAAUGCUGCGGUAUCUAGUAUACAGCCAAUGGCAUUUAUACAAAGUGAUGAAUAUUUAAAUACUAAAAUCGAUUGCGACAGAUAUAAUCCGCUUGACUUGACUGCUUGGAGAGAAGAGACUGAUAGUUCAAAUAAAAAUCCAGUAUUUGAAGACAACAAAGAACAGAGUAAAGUAGAAAAUGAAAUGACUCCACUUAAAGUUAAGUCAAAUCAAUGGGCCAAUAAGGAAUCACUAAUUGACCCACAAGUACUGAGAUUAGCAUUGAAAAAAGCUGAGCAAGAUUUGAUAGUUCGUAAAAAACUUGAAUACAAUUCAUGGUUGCAGCAGAAAACAGCGGACCCUAAAUCCCCGGCUGGUACUGCCGCUAGUUUUUCAAAGGCUAAUAAAGAUGCUCUGAUUCUUGCUAACUCUUCAAUAUUUUACGAGCUGAUAACAAACGAAAUAAUAAACGGAGCCCAAGGACUCAAACGUCGUAAGCGACAAGUGUUUGGCAGCUCAAAUGAAUUCGACUUUACAAACACUGGCGACCUUUCAGAUCUCCUGCAAAACGUUGAUUUGACGAACUUUUUACCAAAUUCCCGUGCUACUAAUCACGAAGAAAUCGAUUGUCCACCAGAGGAAGGCAUCUGCGAUCCAACUAGUCCGUAUCGUACUUUCACAGGUCACUGCAAUAAUUUACGUAAUCCUAGUCUUGGUAAAUCAUUGACAACUUUUGCCCGGCUUUUACCGCCUGUUUAUGAAGACGGCGUUUCUAAGCCGCGAAUAAAUUCCGUUACUGGAAUUCCUCUGCCGAAUCCGCGACUCAUAUCUCGAACAAUUCAUCCCGACAUUUCAAACCUUCACAAUCGUUAUACUUUAAUGGUAAUGCAAUUUGCUCAGUUUGUUGAUCAUGACUUGACAAUGACACCCAUUCAUAAAGGCUUUGCUGAAUCAAUACCCAGCUGCAGAUCUUGUGACUCAGCUCGUACUGUUCAUCCUGAGUGCAAUCCAUUCCCCGUACCACCGGGUGAUCAUUUUUACCCGACAAUUAAUGAAACAACUGGCGAGCGUUUAUGUUUUCCGUCAAUGAGAUCAUUGCCGGGACAACAACAUCUAGGACCGCGGGAACAAAUAAAUCAAAAUACUGCAUUCCUCGACGCAUCUGUUGUUUACGGAGAAAAUAUUUGUAUCGGUAAUGUACUGAGAGGUUUUAGUCAAGACGGACGUAUGAAUAUAACCACGCAUCCAAAUCGCGCUAAAGAUUUGCUACCGCGAUCGGCAACUCAUCCGGAAUGUAAAUCUGCAUCUGGAUACUGUUUUAUAGGCGGUGAUGCACGUGCUGCUGAACAGCCAGCACUCACUGUAAUGCACACAAUGUGGGUACGUGAGCACAACAGAAUUAUGGAAGGUCUGAGAAACGUGAACCCACAUUGGGACGGCGAGAAACUUUAUCAGGAAACCCGAAGAAUCGUCAGCGCGAUGAUCCAACAUGUGACUUACAACGAAUUUUUACCUCGACUACUUGGAUGGAACGCAAUAAGUCUCUAUGGUCUUAAACUUCUGCCCCAGGGUCACUACAAAGAAUACUCGCCGACAUGUAACCCGAGUAUUCUUACAGAAUUCGGUGCCGCGGCUUACAGAAUAGGCCACUCGUUACUGCGCCCCCAUUUGCCGCGAAUGGAUCAAAAUUACCGGCCUAUGGACCCGCCAAUUCUUCUACGCGACGGAUUCUUCAACAACGACAUGCUGUACCAGCAGAGUAUGGUGGACGAGAUGAUUCGGGGACUGGUGGCAACACCCAUGGAAACAAUGGAUCAGUUUAUAACCGGAGAAGUAACAAAUCAUUUAUUCGAAAACAACAAAAUACCAUUUUCCGGUGUCGAUCUCAUUGCACUUAAUGUUCAACGCGCGCGAGAUCACGGGAUACCUUCAUACAAUCAUUAUCGCGCGCUUUGUAAUUUAAAACGCGCGAAUACUUUCGAUGAUCUUUCUCGAGAAAUGGCGCCAGAAGUUAUCGCCAGAUUCAAAAGAAUUUACGCGCAUGUUGAUGACAUCGAUCUGUUCCCUGGUGGUAUGAGCGAACGACCUCUUCAAGGUGGUCUUGUUGGUCCGACAUUUGGUUGCAUCAUAGCAAUACAAUUCCGACAGUUGCGUAAAUGCGAUCGUUUUUGGUACGAAACGAACGAUCCCAAUAUUCGUUUUACUGAGCCUCAGCUAAAUGAAAUCAGAAAAAACACACUGUCGAAAAUAAUUUGUGAAAAUAUGGACUCGCAUGUGGAAAUGCAACGCGCGGCGUUUGAUUUACCAUCGAAUUUCUUGAACCCUCGAGUUCCUUGCAGCUCAAUGGCCGCGAUGGACUUUACCCCCUGGCGCGAAGUGAGACACGGAGGAUGUCAAAUUGGAGGCAGACGAGUAUCUAUUGGCGAAUCUGGUUUCCCUACUCCUUGCACGAGUUGCAUAUGUACUGAUGAAGGCACUCAGUGCGCAUCACUACGAGUCACGAAUUGUGACCAAUUAUUACGUGAAGCUUCACGUGAAUCCAUUUUACGUGACGAAAUUUGUACAGCACAGUGUGGGUUCGCUCUUGCUACUUCGAACCAAUCUGCGAGACAAUUUUCAUCUUCAUCAUCAUUUGCUACAGCUUCGAGUAAUGCAUUUAGUGGUUUCAAACUUCCCGAUCUCUCACAAUUUCUCGGUUAAUAAUCAUCUUACUAUAAACGUGUAUAUAUUUAAUAACUCGUACUUUUCACAUCAUUCGAGAGAGUCUGAAUCAUAUUAACUUUAAGUAUACACCCUGACUCUCUGAUAUGACAGAAACUAAAUACAAAAACUAUCACCAAAUAUAUUUUAAUAAGGUAACAAGACUAAUAGCCAGAAGUCACGAUAAUUAAUGCAUUCGCGGACAAUACCUCACCCUUUUUUUAAAUAUUCGAGGAUCUUGAACUGUCAGCGCAUUUAAAUUUUGUCAAUUAAUUUUAAAAAGUUAAGGACAUUUUCAGACAAUUUCUCCCACUUUUUUUAAAUAUUCAAGGACUUUAGAUUUUAAUGACUGCAUUUUAAUUUGGCUAAUUAAUUAAAAAGAAGUUUAAGCAUUAAUUCAAAAAAAGGCAACGCAGGUGCAGGUAGAAUUUUUAAAAAAUUAAUUAGAGUUGUCAUCAAUUGGGAGUCAAAUGAAAGGUGGGAAAUAAAUUUCAGUAAAAUCUUCAUUUGAAUUUUCAAAUUUUGUAGACUAAAAUUUAUUUACGAAAUUUUGUUUGACUCCUAAUUGAUAAUAACUGUAAGUAAUUUUUUUUUAAAUUCAUUUCUCAGUGCAAUUUUAUUUUUUUAAAUUAAUGCUUCAUUUUUUUUUAAAUUAAUUAAUUUAUAUUAUUAAGAGAAUAAGGAAAAUUUUGUUCCCGCCAUAACUAUAUGAUAGAAUUAGUUAAUGUUAUUGAAAUUAGUAUCAUUAGAUAGGUCUUGACUUGAAUUUGUGCCUUUUCAUACUUUAAACUCUUUUUAAUUGCCAAGUAUUGAGAUAAAUAGAUUUAUCUAUAUCAUUCGAGUUACAUUUAAGGGGUUAGGGGUACUCAGGGGUAUGAAAAAAUGAUGAUUUUCAAUAAUUUUUUUUUUGUAGUUAAUUACUUUAUUUGACAAAAAUAAAAACAUAGCUUUAUUAGAACACGUUUCGAUUUGACUUCACGAAAAUUUCAAAAAAAAAAAUUAAUAAUUCAAAAAGUUAUCGCUGUUUUUGUAGAGCCCGUUCCUCCCGAAGUCCUUUGCGGUGAUCAUCAUAAGUCCUUGGAGAUUCAUCUAAAAUCAAUCGGACAAGAAAAAUUAGUUUUAUUAAUAGAUAAUCUUGUGCCUGAUCGAAGCUUUUUUUUUUUUUUUCGAAAUUAACAAAAUGGCGGCCUCAGGAAAUUUUUUUCAAAUUUUCGAGAAAAAAACCGACAGUUUAUUGUUAAAAAAAAAUCGAAAUUUUUGAAAAAAAAAAAAAUCCUUCGAUCAGGCACGAGUUUUUAAUGUAUUUCAAAAGUACAAUAAAUUUUAUUGAAAUCUACCGAGCAGUUUUUAAGUUACAGUGAUCACCAGUUCAGAAAACAUAGUUUUGAGAAAAACGCAUUUAAAGUUUUGCUAUGGAUUUAUGUCGAAUUAUAAGAAUUAUUUAAUAACUUACACUGAGUCAUCUAUUCCUGGACCAUAUAAUAGCUCUUCAGCCGACAUAGCAGCUUCCAAAAUAUCGAUUUGCUGGUGCCUACGUUGCAAUCGACCUUCUCGGGUGUUAUCAUUAGCGCGCUUAUCUGCUACUUUGAUACGUGCAGCAUCCAUUCUUUCUGCAUACCGAUGAGAAUUAGGCCCACAAUUAAGUCCUAGUGUAUUCAUCAAGACUAAUAAUGAAUUUAUACCCUCAUUAAAUAUACACAUAGCAACGUAUGCAGCUAUUUGUACGAUAGUAAAACUAGUAUUUACCGUUUUUGGGCAUAUUUUCCAUACUAGUUGGUUAAAGCUUUCAUUAUUAUUCUGAUUGAAUCCACCUACACAUCUUGAAAGUAAAUUUUCAUUACUAAGAUCUUCGUAUAUAGGCUUGAUAGCUUUUAAAACAUCAGAAGGUAAAGGAGAAUAAUCGUGAGAAAAGGUAUCAAGCUCUCCUCUUGCUUCAGCGCGCUGGUAAGAGCACCAAGAUUCUUCGCCUUUUGGACACAUAUCAUGAUUCGGUUUUUCAUCACUCGAGCCGUAGUGAUAAAAGGUUGCCAUUAUAGCAGAUUUCAUAUUUUCAACAGGAAGGAAUAUAUUCAUUUCCACAGUUAUUACAUGCAACUACAAUUUUGAAUCCCAGCCCACGUGUACUUGCUGUUUGAAACACUACAUUUCCAUCACAUUUUUUACAUUUUAUAAGAGCAGAAAUUGCAGUGAAUACCUGAAUAAAAUUUAUUAUUCGAAAUUCAGUACUGCUGUCUUCAGGUACAUCAUCUUCAGUGUUUUGUUUUAAUUUUUUAGAAGAUGUACUCUGAAUACUUUCAUCACGUUCGGCUGUUUUCGGAUUAAAAACAUUCUUUCUUUUGACUGAACGUGACUUAUUAAUUUUUUCAGAACUCCGAAGUUCUCUUGAAACCUUUCUAGAAUCACGUCCCAUGGUUAAUAAUUUAAUUCACUUGAGAAAUAAUUUAUCACAAAACUAUCGACUGAUCAGUGCAACGACUACAGGUAUACUGGCAACCAAAAAUUAUUUUUCAGUUCUUGUACUACCUACAAAUUGUGAAUAUAUGUAGAAGGAU